UUGUGAAUGUUUGUUUUCAGUAGAUACCGUAAAGAUGAGGGCUGUACCAACCUGGCUUGAUCAAGUCCACGAUAGGGAGAAAGUAGAACAAUGCAUUUGGGAUCUGUGUUUCAAACCAGACGGAAGCCAGGUUGUGGUCGCUGCUGGUAACCGGGUUCUGGUGUAUGAUGCAACAGAUGGAACGCUCAUUCAACCUCUGAAGGGACACAAAGAUACAGUUUAUUGUGUAACUUAUGCCAGAGAUGGAAAGCGUUUUGCUUCAGGCUCUGCUGACAAGAGCGUUAUAAUCUGGACAAGUAAACUGGAAGGAAUCUUGAAAUACACCCAUAAUGAUGCAAUACAGUGUAUGGCGUACAACCCAAUCAGCCACCAGUUAGCCAGCUGUGCAUGUACUGAUUUUGGCCUUUGGUCACCUGAACAAAAGUCUGUAAACAAACACAAGGUUGGAGCACGGAUAACAAGCUGCAGUUGGACAAAUGAUGGGCAGUACCUAGCCUUGGGAUUGUUCACAGGGUUUGUGACCAUCAGAAAUAAGUCCGGGGAGGAGAAGGUGAAGAUUGAGCGGCCUGGUGGUCCUGUAUGGUCCAUAUCCUGGAACCCAAGCAAUUGUAUGUAUGGAAAAUCUCGAAACUGCAGAGAUGAGGCUUAUGAUGUUUUGGCAGUGGCAGAUUGGGGACAGAAACUGUCGUUUUAUCAGCUCUCUGGAAAGCAGAUUGGCAAAGACCGGGUGCUGGGGUGUGAUCCUACCUGUGUGAACUGGUUUUCUAAAGGAGAGUAUGUCGUUGUGGCAGGAAGUAACAAACAGUGCUGUUUGCAUACCAAGGAGGGGGUUAGGCUGGGCACCAUUGGAGACCAGAACUCUUGGGUGUGGUGUGCUGCUGUCAAGCCAGAUUCCAACUAUGUGGCUAUUGGUUGCCAAGAUGGGACAAUUGCGUAUUAUCAGCUGAUUUUCAGUACAGUCCAUGGACUUUACAAAGACAGAUAUGCCUUCAGGGAUAACAUGACAGAUAUAAUUAUUCAGCAUCUUAUAACAGAACAGAAAGUGAGAAUCAAGUGCAGAGAUUUAGUGAAGAAAAUUGCCAUCUACAAGCACAGACUAGCGGUCCAACUGCCUGACAAAAUUGUUGUGUAUGAGCUAUACUCUAAUGACUCAGAAGACAUGCAUUACAAAGUGAGGGAGAAGAUCAACAAGAAGUACGACUGUAAUCUGCUGGUGGUAUGCUCAAAUCACAUCGUACUUUGCCAGGAGAGGAAGUUGCAGUGUUUAUCUUUCCAAGGAGCAAGAGAGCGAGAAUGGACCAUGGAGUCUCUGAUUCGCUACAUCAAAGUGAUAGGUGGACCAGCUGGGCGUGAGGGACUGCUUGUGGGUCUCAAAAACGGACAGAUUCUGAAGAUAUUUGUAGACAAUGCCUUCCCUAUUGCUUUGUUGAAACAAAACACAGCAAUUAGGUGUCUAGACCUGAGCUCUAGCAGAACCAAGUUAGCAGUCGUAGAUGAAAACAACACCUGUUUGGUUUACGAUCUCACAUCCAAGGAUCUGCUCUUUCAGGAGCCAAAUGCAAACAGUGUAGCAUGGAAUACUCACUGUGAAGACAUGCUGUGCUUCUCUGGCAAUGGAAUUCUCAAUAUCAAGGCCAGCAAUUUUCCGGUGCAUCAGCAGAAGUUACAGGGCUUCGUUGUGGGAUUUAGUGGCUCUAAAAUAUUCUGCUUGCACGUAUACGCCAUGUCUUCUGUUGAAGUUCCGCAGUCUGCUUCAAUGUAUCAGUACUUGGAGAAAAAACUCUUCAAAGAGGCGUACAAUGUAGCCUGCCUAGGUGUGACAGAUGGAGACUGGGAAGCCUUAGCUCACGAUGCACUAGAGGGGCUAGACUUUGUUACAGCAAAGAAGGCUUUCAUUCGCAUCAGAGACCUGAGAUAUCUUGAGCUUAUUCACUCCAUUGAGGAGAGAAGAAAAAGGGGAGAAAACGACAACAUGGUUUUCCUGGCUGAUGUAUAUGCUUACCAAGGAAAGUUCCAAGAGGCAGCAAAACUCUACAAGAGAGCUGGACAGGAGCAGAAGGCUCUCAAUAUGUACACAGAUCUACGUAUGUUUGACUAUGCAAAGGAGUUCAUUGGCUCGGGUGAUCCUUUGGAUAAGAAGAUGUUAAUUUCAAAGCAAGCAGAUUGGGCAAAGAGCAGCAAUGAACCAAAGGCUGCUGCAGAAAUGUACAUAUCAGCAGGAGAGUACAUAAAGGCCAUUGACAUCAUCGGAGACCAUGGUUGGGCAGACAUGUUAAUUGAUGUUGCCCGUCGGCUGGAUAAGGCUGACCGAGAGUCUCUAAUAAAGUGUGCCACUUACCUGAAAAACUUAGAGCAGUAUGGUUAUGCAGCAGAAGUGUAUAACAAAAUGGGAGACAUAAAGUCCCUCAUAAAGCUUCAUGUGGAGGCCAGGCAUUGGGAUGAUGCCUUCACUUUGGUAGAGAAGCAUACUGAGUACAAGAAUGAUGUGUACAUCCCAUAUGCUCAGUGGCUGGCAGAAAAUGAUCGCUUUGAGGAGGCUCAACAAGCAUUCCACAAGGCAGGUCUUCAGGCAGAGGCUGUGAAGGUGCUGGAGCAGCUGACACACAACGCUGUGAUGGAGAGUCGCUUCAGCGAUGCAGGCUACUACUUCUGGAAGCUCUCUAUGCAGUGCUUGGACAUUGCUGAUCAGGAUUCGUCCAAGAAGGAAGAGAUGCUACAUAUGUUUGCAGACUUCCAGCGGAAAGCAGAGUUGUAUUAUGUUUAUCAUUCCAUACAGAGAUACACAGAUGAGCCCUUCACAUCAAACCUCCCAGAGGCCCUCUUCAAUAUGUCCAGGUAUCUCAUUCACAGUGACGCCAUGGCAUUCCAAGCCCCUCAUGGAGUGUCCAAAGUAGCUACAUUGUAUGCACUCGCCAAGCAGAGCAAACAUCUGGGUGCCUACAAGCUGGCCAGGUAUGCUUUUGAAAAAAUGCAGUCACUAAGGAUUCCAGUGAGGUUCCAGGAAGCCAUUGACCUUGGGAGUAUAUCUAUACGGUCCAAGCCUUUUCAUGAUGGUGAAGACUUGUUACCACUGUGUUACCGCUGCUCUACAACCAAUCCACUUCUGAAUAACAAUGGCAAUCAGUGCAUCAACUGUAGACAGCCAUUUGUGCACUCCUUUGUCUCAUUUGAGGUGCUGCCGUUGGUUGAAUUUGUCUUGGAAGAUGGAAUCUCUGAUGUAGAAGCAGUUCAGAUCCUGGAUAUGUCCAUUCCUAAGCCCAAGAAAGAGUUUUCCUCGCCAUGGCAGGAAACCAAAAUGAACAAUUUUCAGUCCUUGAGAAUUGGAGAUGAACCAGAGGGGUCGGACACUGAUGAUCCUUUCACUGCUCGACUAAUGACUUUUGAGCAGGGUGGAUCUGAUUUCACCCCGGUGGUCGUCAACAGAGCUGUCCUACAGACCAUGAACAGGGGAGAAGUAUACAUCUUGAAGUGGAAUAAGCCUUUGAGAUACCAGUAUUUCAAGUCUCUACUACCAGAUGUUUCCAUAACAAAGUGCUCAUACUGUAAUAAGAUGUUCCACACAGACGAUUUUGAGCUGCAGUACUUGCAGAAGGGCUACUGUCCAUUCUGUAGGAGUUCAUGUGAAGAUUGAGUAUUUAGAUACAGCAAUUAUGAUACUUCAGGAAUUCAGAUGAAAUACACAAAUUUCUCUAUCCGUCCUCUCCAUGAUGUACCUUCCACUUUUGUGGAGGGUGUACAUUGUAUUUGUGAAAAUGAUAGUGAAAACAAAAAAAGUAAUUCUUUCUUAUUAUUGUUAAUAUCUGGAUUAUAACAUUUACUGUGAUGCCUUAUUAGUGUAUGUAAAUAUGUCCAGAUGAAUUGUGUAAAGAGCUUGUGUGUAAAAUAUUGUGAGGUGUGAAUGAUCAGUGAACUAUUACAACAGACAUAAUGUAUCCUCUCACCUUUUAUGUGUUCUGUGAUCUUCCCUUGUAGCCUGAAAAAUAUGCAUCUUAUUAAAUCAUUAUGAAACUUAUGUGCGAUGAAUUUAGGCAAUGUUUUGAUAUCAAGAUAAGGUACCAUCGCUGUUACUGUUGAUUUGUUGGUUGUUGAUACUCUUGGAAACAAUGCAAUCAAUUGGAAGAAGACAGUAUGAAAAUUUUGAUGGCUACAGUUACUUACAACCACCGUUUUAUAGAUCUGUUUUGAAAUUUAUGCUCUGAUUUGCUUGAAAGUUCCGUCCAAAUGUUAAUGCUUUGUACAAAACCCCCAAUUGUGUCUUUUUUUUAAUUUUAUUUAUACACGCAUAUGUACAGAUGUUAUUUGAUGUAGUUAUUUAUUUGCCAUAGGAAUUAUAUAUUAAAUGUUAUUAAACAAUGUAG